AUGGAGGGCACAUUAGCAACAAAACGGCGACGAGUUGAGCUCGUGGAAAUACGUAAUAAUCAAAUUAACUCAAGAGACUCUUCACCCGAAAAAGGCAAAGCACCAAAGAAGAAAUCGCGCACCAUCACAGAUAUCAUGACUGAAAAGUAUGCUGUUAGGGACACUGAACCAGGCACGGUUGAGGCCUCUGGUGCAUUCUUUGAGUCUCGAGCCUCGACAACCAAGAUACCGCUCAACGAUACAGCCACUCUUGAUACCAAUGCACCUUUAAAGAAGCCGCCAUGCAAGCGCAAUGCUUCAAAGUCUGUAUCUAGUAAAGCGGAUGCGAAAGCAAAGCCCAAGAAGACGUCCGCCAAGUCUGCUAAGCCAAAGCUUGUUGCGGAGAAGCUGCUCAGCCCGACUUCUGCAUUGUUCCGUUUGAGCAAACAAGAUGUGCUCUUCGCUCAGAUACGGCACUCGCCCACGAUGAAAUUUAAGCCCCCGGUGUCCGUGUCCGUGACAGACAGCGGGUCACCCAAGAAGCUUAGGCAGCCACCAAAGUCUCUCGCUCCCAUAGCAGAUGUCUCCACUUCAAUACUAUCAUUGAAACCCCCACCCUCAAAGACCAAGAUGAAGUCAAGGGAAAAGCCCAAGAGUCCUAUGACACCACUGAAGAGCUCGGGACGAUUCAUCAACAUAGACGAGAUCCUUGACUCUGAAGACGAAGAUCUCGCAGCACUGUCGCCUACUCCGCCCCAAUUACGCAAGCACCUUGACUCGGGACCCUUGCCUCUAAUAUCGCUCUCCCCCACCACGUCCCCAAGCAAGGCCAAGAAGCUAGCUAGGGGCAAAGACAAGGCUCUUCCUAUUAAUACAGACGUCACACCUGUAUACCGCAUAGCCACGCGAAUGCUAGAAUGGACGCACAUCAAAGCCAGCAUCUUCUCACAGUUAACAUCUCACAUCCGCUCCCUUCCACCCUCCACGGACCCCGCAAAGCCCAGCUGGCACGAAAAGAUCCUCAUGUACGACCCCAUUGUACUUGAAGACUUCACGCGAUAUGUCAACGCCCACACUACCAUCCGCGCGUACAAAAAGGCCACACAGAAGCAAGCCAAAGCAUGGAACCAGCAGAUGAAGGCUGACGGGGAGCCUUUGCUGACCAUAGACAAAGAUGGCCAUGGCGACGAGGUUUUGGCUGUAGAGAGGGAGCUGGAGGGGGUUAUGCUACAAGCUUGGUGCGAGAGUUUGAGUAAGGUGCUCAUGGAGGAGAGGGAGGAGCGCCAGGACAACGCACCGAUCACCAACAUCACCAACAUCACCAACAUCACCAACAUCACCAACUUGAGCGAAACCAAGCAGGAUGUGGUCGCUUGGCAGAUCGGGCGAUGGAUUAAGUCAGCAACUACGCUAACUGCAUUUAGGAAAGCUUGCGAGGGGUGA